CUCCGUUGGGUCUAACACGACCGUCCGAGACGGGACAAGCAUUGGCCGGCCCGUCUGAUGUUGGCUGCUGUCCACCCUGCUGUGCUGCUCCGCGAUUGGGUCGUGAUCCGCACCAGACCAUCUGCCCCGUGUCUCCUCGCCGCCGCCGCCGCCGCCCCACGGCUGCUUUGGCGGCGUUUCUCGUGUGCGCGCUGCUUCACCUCAUCCCAUCUUCUUCCACGGCCUCGCCAUGCUGUGGCCCAUCGCCCACCAACAGCCUGUCCUGGCGGCUCGGUGGGCAGGCAAAACACAGACACUGCCUUGACUGCCAGACAGGCAGACAGCAAGUGGCCUCGCCUCGAUUGGACUGGAACGGAAUAGCCGGGCGUGGAAACCUGGACUGCUACUACUCAGCAGCGUGCCCCUUCUUCUUGGGCUCGAGCUGGAGCUGACGCUACCACGGUCUACACUACUCUCAAACGACCGCUCCUUCUUUCUCUUCUACGAAUCGCUUCUCUUCCCGCCCAACGUCAGUGUUCUAGCUUCUGGGCCUUGGAUUCUAGCCCUUUUCUUUUUUCUUUUUCUGUCUGGUCCACAACAACAACCCACAAUUCCAGAAUCCGUGCGUGCCACGUUUCUCCAUUCCAAGCCGGGCUGCCAGUCUAGUGUCAACUGGUGGCAUCCACGCUCUUUAUAGCCUUACCGCCACUCACUGCGUACUUUUGCCUGGCAUUCUCUCCGGUCCACCAUCCACCCACUCGCUCGUUCUUUUGACGGCCACCCCCUCCUCCGACGCAUGCACCUUCUUGGUGGAAGCCACCUCGCUUGCGUCGACGCCCGCAUAUCCACCCACCCGCAUACGGCAGAAUAUUAUUCGGCCCUGGCUGUCUCUCCCUCCGACUCGUCUCGGGCUUGUGCUUUACCCGGGCUGGGUCCUAGUCCAGUUCCCCAAGGUCGAGGUACGGAAACACGCACAGUACCUCUCGGGACAUGACAUAGCGCGUCGAUCUUAGUCUGCCAGCCCAACCAGCAAUCCUAUCGACGUCUCGUCUCCGCCGUCCUGGGCACGCAAAAAGGCAACAGUCAGUCCCAGCGCGACGGACCCAUCAGAGCCGCCCCCCCUCCCCAAGCCUCGUGAGAUCCGCAACCCGGGCCUCGCUGUGCCCGCGCCCCCCUCUCGAUCUCGGCCGCCUUCCUCGCGUGCAUUAUUACGGCCGUGUCACGCUACUCGCAGAUUAGCACUGCAGCUCUCUGCCGCAGCCGGUGGAUCGUUUACAUCGACCAUCGCCGGUCCUUGAUGUCACCUCCGCCCCCAUCCCCCAACCGCUCCAUCUUCGUUACUUUCUCCAAAAGCAGGAUAGCCUCCUUUUCCCACGUCGACCCUCAGCACCCAACCCGGGCCAAGAUCUGACCCUUCUUCCCCCCCUGCAGCCCAUCCUUUGCUGUUACCCAUCGGAAAUAUCCACAUAUCCACCCAACCUCACUUCUGGGUCACCCACCCCUGUCCAUAUCAAUUAUUGGAUCCCAUGGAAACAUCUUCCAGAAUUAAUAUUACCCGUCCCGCCUGCUUCGUGUGAGAUCUUCUCCACGAGGCACCUCAACCUAAUGUCCAUGCCUUCUACACUCCUUUCUUUCCCCAGAGACCUGGCUGAAUGUGCUCGCCAGCGGAGGAAGCGAAUGGCCUCUUAUGCCCAAGGCGCAUGCCAGACAUGUUACCACUCGCAACAGCAGCAGCAGCAGCAGCAGUAUCAUCAGCAUCAGCCUAGGUGGUCUCUGAACGACCUCAGCACCGAGCUGCUGGCCUUAAUAUUCGAACAGCUCCGGGACAUCGACACCCAAUAUGUCUCGACCGCUCGGCUUCUCUGCCAACGGUUCAACCAGAUAGCCAUACCUAUCGCCUACAAGACUUUGGUCUUGACGGAGCGGAUAGUAGCCCAGGAUGCAGUGCUACAUUUCCCCCAAGCUCUCGAGCACAUCAGUAAUCAUACGAACCACGUUGUUGCCAGGAGCGACCUGGACCCGGCCGGUAUCAAACGAAUCCUGGAGAGGAUACGGAGACUCUGUUCCGUGAGAUGGCGAUACGUAGACAGAGAGGUCCGAUCGGGCCGAUUCUGGCUGCCAUCCGAUAUACUGAGCGCAGAGCAGACCCGUUACAACCGCACCAAGCUGUAUGUCGAGGAGCUGCCUCUCCGGGACUUUGAGGGCGAGAUGCGCAACACCUACCUCCGCGCCAUACCCAUCAACCUCCUGGUGUCCCUGAAGAUGGCGCACCCGGCGCCGCCGCUCGUCACCCGGCUCAACUCGCUCAAGCACCUCCUUCUCUCCGCGCGUCAGCUGGAGACGCUGCACUUCGAGGACCGGGGCCAGGGCACGCAGUUCGACUUCGCGCCGCACGAGCGGCUCCCCCCGCUGCGCGAGCUGACCCUCCGCUCCUACGACUGGCGGCACAGCGCGGACGAGGUCUCCCGGCACUGGGACUUCUCGCGCAUCACCUCGCUGGAGCUCAUCUCGGUGCCCGUGUUCAACUUCCUCAACUCGGUCAGCUUCCACGAGCUGGCCAACCUGCAGACGCUGCACUGCGAGGACUUCAGCGCACACCUCCCGGACCUGCGGAUCGAGGCCACGAGGCGGCUUAACCUCCUGGUUCGGUCCCACAUCCGAGCCCUGUCGACCUUGCAGAUCACGGUGCACACGUACCACUUCCCCGUGGACGCCCUUCUCUCGCACGCCCGGACCCUAACAACCCUACGCCUCCGCGACCACACGGGCUUCGGCGAGGAGGACCGCCGCUGCCCGACCGUCUACCACGAGGACCUGGCCAUGCUCGCCACGCACAUGCGACAGGUGCAGGUGCUCGAGCUGGACAUGGACGUGGUGCACACGGACCCGCCGCAGUUCCUGCGCGCCGUGUGCGCCUUCCCCGCGCUGCACACCCUCACGCUGCACGUGCAGACCGUCCUGCACCCUUUCGAGGUGGUGCACCCGGGCUCGGACCGCGACCGCGACGCGAGCAUGCGCACGCUGCACUUCCUCGUGAGGCACAAGGCCGGCGCCGUCCCCUGGCGCUCCAUCACCAUCAACGUCGGCGGGUGGAAGAAGGUGAUGGUGCGGCGCCUCAGUGAGCCCUGGCGGCGGCAGAACGAGCGCGGCGUCUUUGCCGAGCGGUGCUUUGUGCUCGAGCGCAACGCUGGGACGGGCGAGAUGAGCGUCCGCGAGGAGGUUGCUGUCGAAGCCAGCCGGCAGGCUACGCCUGAGCUGGAGGACGAGGAGGACGAAGAACAGGAGGAUGAGGACGAGGAGAUGUCCUCCGACGAUGAUUGAAAGAUCACUUAAUCAAGGGCGAAGAACAGAACUUCCAGAAUGUCCAUGGGAGGAAAACAUUGCAUUGCUCGCUAGCAUAACCGAAUUGGAUUCACAAAAAAGGGAGAUGGGCAUAUCAGAAGCAUAUUGAGGUCAUUUUACAACAGGAAUUUGGGCAGGCAGGGCCCUUGUGUCAAGUCAAAUGGAGGAAGGUCAUUCUUACGGUGCGCACAACAGGAUAAGCGCAGCAUCUCACAUCAUAACCAACAUUGAGCAAGGGCGUUUCUCAGCGAGGACGGGUUCUUUUACCGGAUUCAUGGUUCUUAUUUGAUCGCUUGUACAUUGGGCAUUUUGAGGUAGCAAUUAGACCAUACAACUGGCAUUUAUCUACCUACGCCAGAGUUUA